AAAUGUGCUGUGCUCUUCAGUUGGAGGUCAGUCUGUACUGUAUUCUCUGUGGUCACAAAUUUGAAGGCAAGAAAACCAGUCUGUCAGCCAAAGAUAGAAAUUAUGAAGCAACUCAACAUUCUUCUUACUGCUGUCCACCUAUUCUGUACCUGGACAGCUGUAUAUCCUAGUCCCCCUCCUUCCAUGAUGGGCUAUCUGUCUUGCAAUGACAGUCUAGCCAAAACAGUGUCCAAUCUAGCUCUGGAACAAAUCAACAAGAACCGCACAGAAGGCUAUAUAUACAGCCUGUUUCGGAUUUCCAGUGUCCUAGAGGAACUGCAGGCACCAUUUCAUAGUCUUUAUUAUCUUACACUAGAUGUAGAAGAGACAGAAUGCCAUGUUCUAAGCAAAAUGAUUUCGAAGAAUUGUCCAGUCAAACCCUUACAUCUAGCUGUUUUUGGGACAUGUGAAGCAACGUUGUAUAUCAACAAGCCUGCAAGAAUUGUCCGACUUUACAAUUCCAACUGUACACUAACACCAGUUCCCCGUUCUCAGAUAUUCCAGAUGUGCCCAGACUGUCCAGCACCAGUAUCAGUUGAUGAUGAAAAGGUUAUUGAAGCAGCCAAUAAGGUUCUACAGAAGUUUAAUAAUGAGAAUAAUCAUAUUCAUUACUUUGGAAUCCUCAGCCUGACAGCAGCAUCAAUGCAAUGGGUGGUUGGACCUUCAUAUUUUGUGGAGUUCCUAAUUAAGGAAACACCUUGUUCCAAGAUGGGUGAUGAAAGGGACCUUUCCAAAUGUACUCCAAUCGCCUGUCCUCAUGCAACCACAGGAUUAUGCAAAGGUUCUGUGAUGAGUGCUCCAGAUAAAACUUACAUAACAGCCUCCUGCGAGUUUUUCAAUCGGACUACAACAGAUGUUGGGGAGCACCAAUGUCCAAUUCAUGGUAUUAAGCCAAUGCCUCAUCCAGUAGGACCUCACCAUCCACAUGGUUCUAAACAAGAUGAGCACAAGCCAAUGCCCCUUCCAGUUUUUCCACAUGAAGAUCACAGUGCAGAAAAGGGUGAGCAUAAGCCAGCAACACUGCCAUUUUUCCCCCCAGGACAUGGUGACCCCCAUCAUAAAAGGCCAUUUUUUGAACAAGAGCCUCAAGUUCGACCCUUCCCCCAUGGACCAUCAGAAUCAAGUGACUGUCCUGGUGAGCCUGUCCGUCAAGCACCCAUGUUACUCAGGCUGUUGCCUGGUGAAAAGCCAGUAGAGGAAGAACAUACAUCUCAACAAGUCAUGCCUGCAGCAUAAGAAAAUGUUAAGAUUUGCCAGGUGUUUCACUUCUGCAUUAUCCCCAGUCAUUUUCUUAUUUCACUUUCCAACAAGAAAACUAUAGAAUGUACAUCUAAUAUACAGUUUGCAAUAUGACAUAUUGUAAUUGGUUAAAAUAAAUCCUAAAAUAUAUCCCUUACCAGAAUAAAA